GAGCGGAGCGGCAGAGCGGAGGGGCUCCGGUUGUUGUCCAAUGCUGGGGAGCCGGGAAACAGGAACCGCGGGCGGCGGCGGGGAGGCGGUGGCGGCCGGGCCAUCGGGGCCGCCGAGCGGAGCACACCGCCGGGAGGAGGCGCAGCCCGGCCGCACAGGGUGUCGCCUCACCGGCCUGGUGAACUGGAGGCAGAGACCGUGCAGGACUUCAGCCCUGUUUGCUGCAGCCAACACGGCGCUCUGGUUUGUGGCCUUCAGCUCUCUCCGAGCCUACAGCCUCCUGGCCGUGCUGCUGGCUCUGCUGGUCGUCACGGUGACCGCCGGAGACAUCGCUCGGUCCAGAUCCACAGGAGCUCACUUAUGGCGUAGCAUGACUGCAAGCUGGGAGAUUAUUGACUCAGGCCAGGAUAGCCGGUCUGGGACUGGACCUCAGCUCAGCGACUCCCUCAAACUCUUCCUCCAGGAGACGUCGGCUUUCAAACAGCAAAACCCGGGCAAGUUUUGCCUGCUGGUUUGCAGUUUGUGCACCUUCUUUGCUGUCUUAGGACGCUACAUUCCAGGGAUCGUUAUCUCAUAUAUUUUAGUUCUGGGAGUUUUCCUAUGGCCUCUGAUUUCAUCUCACGAGGUUGGUUUGUGGCUGGAGCCAGUUCUGCAGAAGCUGGACUUCGGCAUUGGGGAGUUCAUUCAAAAAAUCAAAGAGAACCAUGAGAAGAGAAUCAUGCAGGCUCAGACUGAGAAAGAGGGCAUUGAGUCGGACCUCUCUUCAAUGUUUCCCAAGCUCGACUCCACAGUGUGUAAGGAAAUGUCUGUAUCUGACACAGAGGUGUCUGACGUGACGUGGACAGACAACGGUACUUUCAACCUGUCAGAAGGACACACACCGCAGACUGAGAACUCAGAGGACCUCGACAGAGAAGAAGCGUUCACCGGCGGCCUUCCAGAAUUCCCCUCACUUGACAAUGGCACAACGACCAAUGGCGACGACGACGAUGACCUCAGCCUCGGCCUUCCCUCACCUCAACCUCAGCCCCAGAAGCCAAUCAAAUCCAAGCAUACACCCUCCCUUUACAAAGACCAACCCACUGACAAAGCCCUCGAAUUAGUUAACCAGAUGGCGGGCGAUGUCAUCGCUGCCGCUGUCACAGCUGCCAUCCAGGAGAGGAUAGAAGCAGCGGUCGGCCUCACGGCGCUGCGCGAAGACUUGGAGCGGUCAAGACUUCCAGAAUCCUCCAGGCUGCUGGAGCUGGCCGAGGAGUCGGACAGCGAGGUGGAGGACUUUGAGCUGCUGGACCAGUCGGAGCUGGAGCAACUGGAGGGGGAGCUGGGGCUCGGGGAGGAGAAGGUCCAGGCCAAAGAGGAAGCCAAGAGUGACCAGCCGGCCUCUUCUGGAUUCUUCUCCAAACUCCUGAGACGCCAAUGAUUAGUUAAAAGUACGGUCGGCAAGGGAAGAGGACUGGUUACAGAGGACAUGUGCAGGGGAGAUCGGGGUGUUCUGGUCACGGAGGACUGUUGGGGGUUAGGAGUAAACCAUUUUUCCAUUUAUCUUUCUCCUGUAGAGCUAAUAAUAUCAACAUUUCAAAACUGAUCAGUUUGUCAAAUAUGGAGGUUGAAGUGACAUCACGUAAAUUUAGAAUCAUCCCAGCCUAAUGCCGAGAUCAGAGUGCACAAUAUCAAACCAGAUAAUGGCACGACCCGAUAGAGGUGGGAACGUAAAUGAGCGUUGGGUUCCACAGUUGCUUGUUUUAUCCUGCAUCACAUCACAAAGACCCGUCAAAAAGGCGACCGCAUGAUUCCUUAUCUCACCUACAACAGGUCCCAUGAUGAUUUUGGAGAGGUGUGAGGAGGAAAUUAACUGAAAACAGGGAUGGUGUUUCUCCUGUUCAUAUAUUUAUUUAUUUAUCUAUUUAUUUUUUAACAUUUAUUUACUUCCUGGUUGUGCACCCCUACUGCGCAGCAGCCAACUCAGAGCUUUUUUGAUUAGCCUACUGGGCAGGUUUUGUAACGUGUAAUGAUGGAUAACGAAUCAGUCACGAUGUGCAGCUUCUCAGGUUCGUGGUGUGUUUGCAAAACUGGAACCGGGCCUCCUAAUGUCCUCCUAUUUUCCAAAUUCGUUGAAAAGAAUUGUUGCUGCUUCAAGGCAUACAGGAUGAAACAUUUAGUGUGCCUGAUAACCUUCUGCAUGUAUAUCAUGGAAGUUGAGAAGGACAGGAAGCUACGAUCGGUCGGACUCCAACCUUUAGUCUGCAACGUCUCAAUUGAGUAACGGCAAGAAUUUAUGAUCCAUUGAUCGCCUAAUGUGACUGUAAUGAAACACAAAAACAUUGUGUAGUCUGAUCCCGGCAUAAAAGAUCAGUGAUGGUUUAAGGUGUAAGGUCUUACUUCUGGUUUUAUUCAAAUUGCUGUGGUUACAUUUGUCUUUUCAAAGCAACUUCUUUUAUGGCGAGAUCAGUUUAGCAUUUUUAAGCAACAUGUUAAAGAGUUGUUAGUUUUUAAGCAAAUAAGGCCAUUUUUAGGUGUUUAUUUGUUUAUUUGUGAACAAUCUCUGCAUUUGCAACUGUUCUAUAAACAAUAAACUAGGGAUGCCCAAACUUUUUUCCUUGCAGGGCCAAAAACAAGCACUUGUAUUGUUAAAGCUGCAGUCAUUUUUAUAAAAAUAACUUUGUCAUAUUUGCUGAAACUUUCAGUAUAUCCUGAAAGUAGAACACGAGACCGAUAAUCUGUGAAACAAUCAGGUUCCUCUUAGUGGCUUCUAGAAUCCACGGGCUUGAACGAAAACAACCAUUGUGUGUAACCAUGUAUUUAUAGAUUAUCUUUCUCAUCUUCUACUGUCAGGAAAGAGUGAAAGUUUCAGCAAAUAUGACAUAAACUUGUUUUUAUAAAAAUCAAACAAAAAAAGAAAUUUAAAUAUAAUAUAAAUAUAUUGAAUAUGUAAAAACAUUUAUAUAAAAUGUUUGAUCUGGUUGUAAUCCAAGCCUGGAUGCAAACUGCACUGAAAAGAUCAGUUUAACUGCAGCAAAAUGCAUAUAAACCUGUGGUUUUAUUUUGGGUCAAACAAGUGGAGACACUUCCUGUUAUAUAUGACUGAUGCGAUUAGUUUCAGAUACAGUAAUGGGAGACAGCUCACAACACGCCUAACACUCGCUUUGCUGUUGAAUUGAUUCAUCCAAAUACAUUACCCAGAAUUCCACAGACAUCAAAUCGAAUGACAAUCACUCAGCAAUCAAAACACCUUUAAUGCUCAAAAUUAUAUAGUAUGAAACCUUUUUUAUGUUUUAUUAUUUUAUUUUUUAAUUUUGUAUGUGUUUUUUUUCCUAAAACAUUUAUGUAGUUGAAGGACUUUUAUUUUAUUACAACAUUCAGCAGAUCUCAAAAUACUAUGCAUGGAAAAAUCUAAUCAUUUUGAGACAUAAAUAAACAUAAACAUUUUACUUCCAGUGCUUCAGGCCCUUGUAUUUCACAGCCCACAGAAGUGCAUAGAGAAAAAUGAUUUUGCAUUCGGAUCAUCCUCUAGCUAAUCAAACUAUAUUUAGAUUUUCAUACGUCUAACAUGACAAAGGUCGUUGUUGUCAGUCGUCAGACUUGUAGUUUCCUGACUGGUUCGGCUUUAGCGUUCAGUGGAUGUUUCUCAGAAAAUAUCUCCAAACAAAAACAGGUUAAGAGUUACAUUCCUGCAAAGCAACUGCAAAAACUCACAGUGAAAAAGGAGUUUCAGCCUCAGGAGCACAUCAUUUUUCUGGCUUUAUCACCAAGUCAAAUGAUAAAUAGCAAAAAUUUAAAGCUACAGUGAGCAACUUAUUUCUGCAUACUUACACAGAUUGUCAAAUCUGAGGACCUCUGGCCUCCUUAGAGACGUUAGUGGGUAGGGAGGCAACAUGUGAACAUUAUGAACUAAAAAUCCAUCCUACACCUGUAGCUAUUACUAUACACAUGUAUUAGAAGGAUAAACCUCUUGAGAUGAACCAUCUUGUUUUCCUUAACACAAAUAUACAGAAAAUACAGUAUAUAAAGCAAAACAACACAAAUACACACAUAAACAAACAAAAGCUCACACACACAGAUUCAAUUAGAAAUACCAAAAUUCGUACAGUAAAGAUACACACAGUAAAUGUACACAUGCCCAUACAAAGCUAUGUACAUGCAUACAUUUAUGUACAUACAUACAUUUAUUUUAGAGAUAAAUUAUUUCUAUAAAUUGAGUGCAAUUAGAGGCAAGAACAUUUAGUUUGAAGAUAGUUGGUACCCAGCCAGUCUGGUCUAGUCUUGGCUACGAACUGAGCCCAUGAAGACCAUGUCAGAAGACUCAAAAUUAGACUUAAAAUUAAGUUUAGUUUUCAUGCACUGAAAGUAAAAUGUUAUGAGAAGGCGAUUUACGACUUAAUUAUUAUUUAACGAUGCACCUACGUAGGGCAGUCUGCUGUGUCAAACAUCAGUCGUGGAUUCACUGAGCGAAGAUAAAAUAUGACUGAACUGUUUCUUUAACAUGCCAUCAACAUUUAAAGACAUUGUUUUUUAUAAUAAAGACACACAGCAAUGUAUAAUGUAUCCUCUUGAAUUAAUCAUGUAAUGCCUUGUAUUAGCAUAACUCUGAAGAUACUAGAAAUAUGUGUUUAUCAGUGCCUAAGAGGACUUUGUAGUGGCUGCAGUUAAUUUCUAGCUCACGUGAUAACUGUAUAAAACAAACAAAUGUUCCAAUCUCUGAGUAACAGUUCUGGCUUCACUAAAUGACUAAGACAUUUUUAAAUAUUUAGUAAACUGAUAAAAAUUAUUAAUGUUUUUCAUUUACCUUCAGGUUGUAUCAUGGUGGCUUCCAUGCAGUUGUCUGAAUGUGAGAAAUCCUUUGAACUUCAUUCAAAAAUAAGUUGGCGGGUCAGAACCAAACUGCAUUAGAAAAAUGUACUUUUAUGUAAUUAAACUCAAGAAUGUCAAUAAAAUGUUGUAACACAGUCUGUAGCGUCA